GACGUCGACGACACAGCAUGCGGUUCGGGCUUGUAAUACUAUGCUUCCUUUCGCGUCAGCUGCUCUCUCCCAUCCCGCCAGCAGUGGCCACCAUCAUCACCAUGCUCGAGCGUAAUUCCCGCACACCGAGUCUGGUGCUGGUGGCCGAGAGGCUAGAACCAUAUCCAAUCGACAGCCGCGGCUCAGUCUGGUAUCGGUUCUAGUGCGCGUCGGAAGUGGUUUCUGUCGGUGGCGUUGUCGAUUCGAAGCCGUGAUCGCGUGUUGCUCUCGAGUGCGCGUAACUUUCGUUCGGGAACAGGCGGUCGUAAAUAUUAUUGUCUGGAUCGGAAUCUCCGUUUCCCCUCAGUGCUUGUUUGGCGAACAGUUUUAUGAGUUUUAUGACUGCUGGGCGAAUCGAACGGAAAGUGGAAUUUCGAGUGUCUUUGCGAUGGAUUAACUGACAUGCCGUUGCGAAACAAUUGGGUUAAUUGGAUGAACGAUUUUGUACUUUAUUAACAGUGUGAGAUCUGAGAGUUGAAUAACCGGCUCGAUUUGAACGCGGGUUGCCCGCCAUUAUAGUGCACCGAUUGCAAUGAUGUAUCCUGUGCAAUUUAUGCGGUGUGGAGUGCCAUUCAACAACGAAUAGAUAGCAUCAGAUUGAACAGUGCUGUAGUGCAAGUAUAUUCAGGAUAGUUGGGAUUUGUCCACUAUUGUGAUAUGGUGUUAAGUGUUGGUUUGGUGCAAACGAUACUACGUACUGGAGAAGGAGAAACAAGAGAGUGAAUGAGUGCAGCAGUGCGGUGAGAUUGUAAACAAGCAGAGUAACUGUAAACAGAUUGAAUUAGUAAUAAUACUCUCCGUUGUCAUCGUCUGUGAAAAAGUGAUUACUGUCGUUGGCAAACCUUGGAUACGAUUAAUAGGCAUAUUCAAUCAAUCCUAGAAGGUUUUUACGAAAGUUGACAUUGAUCAGCGCAUUCCGGCUGUGUCUCGCUUAAUGGUGUGCCGAAUCGUUCACGUCAAAUGCGACACCCUUCUGCUUGCAUAAAUUAUGAACACUUUGUCGCCAUCAAUCGCAGCCGGUCCGCUUCCGACCAUAGUCAACAACGCAAGCCAGUGUGCGCCAAGAAACAAUCGACCGAAGAUGCCUCCUGCGAAAAACUUCUGCCAUCAUCAGUAGCGUCAUAAAAGCCAGGAAAUUUGUUCAGCUGUGCCCCCAUCACUAACCCCCUCCUGAUAUGCAUGGCCAAACAAUGAAGCUUUCUUAUAAAUUAUCGUAUUUCCUCAAUCUAUAUUUCAUUUUCGCGACAACGACAGCACUUUUCGCGAGUUUGAGCGCGGCCUCUGCAGCCAAACAACAACAACAACCGCUAAGAAACGUGCCAAGCGGCAAUGUCGACCCUCAACUGACGAUAACCUCGUCCCCGUCAACGCCAUUGUUGUUGGCAAUAAAUGAAAAGGACGCACUAAGUUCACCCAGUCCGACUACUGCGAGUAGCGGUGGAUGGAAAAGUUCGUCCUCUUUUGCCAUGCGAGAUAAAUCCGGACCGGAGCGGAGUGACUUCGGUGAUGCUUCCGGAAAAUUCCUUUCACACCCCAAACCGGUUAAUCAUCAUUUUUCAUCUCCCGCUGAAUCACUGAUUUUGAGGUCGCGUGCACAGGUAGGAGAUGAACGGUUGGCUCGACCGAAAGAACAUUUCAAUAUGCUGUACGGUAGUCUCUCUCGGGAAGGUGCAAGCGAAGGUACCGGGAGUCAAACAAGUGGAACUACUCGAAACAAUCAACCGGAGAUGAGUGUUUCCAGACAGGAGGAGGACGAGUACGAUUCACGGAGUGAUAAUUAUGAGGAUGACAAAAUAUUCAACACAGCGGUUUUGGAUAAUUUUUUCGAUCGUUCAUCAACCGGAGAGGGAGGCACCUUUCUGGGCGGAGCUGAUAGAUUCGAAAGCAAAACUACCACUAAGGCUGACUAUGAGGAAGAAACUAGCGACGAGAUGGAGGAUAUCGAUGAAGAUUCAUAUGGAGAGGAAGAGGAAGGGGAUAUCUUGCCGGUGGAUAAAGCGUUCGAAAGUUUCGGCAAAAUCGGUGAGGAAUCGGGAGCGAAAGGUGAUAGUUCUCUUCCGUAUUUUCUUGUGGAGCCGCAAAGUACGCAUGUGAUAAGAAAUAAACCGGCCAUUCUUAAAUGUAAAGCUGCCAAUGUGUUGCAGGUACACUUCAAAUGCAGUGGUAGCAACAAACCUCCACCCUCGGUAGAAGAAUCACACGUGGAUCCCCACAGUGGUGUUCACUUUCAGGAGAUAACGGCCACUAUUUCCCGGGAUCUGGUGUACGAGUACUUUGGAAAACCGCCGUUUAAGUGUGAAUGCCACGCGUGGUCACCGCGGGGGAAAACUAUCAGCCAACCGGCGUCAAUUGUUGUUGCAUACAUUAAAAAGAACUUCAUCCUUCCGACGACGCAAUUGCGUGCUGAAGCGGGAGAAAAGUUGGAAAUUAAAUGCACUGCCCCGAAGGGCUAUCCGAAGCCUCAAAUCACGUGGUUGAAAAACAAUUUUACUCUCGCCAGCAGUCCGCUGCUGUCCUUCACGUCCGAGGGCAGUAUCACGAUAAAUGGUGUAAAACUACAGGACAUCGGAAACUAUACUUGCGUCGCGGAGAACAUCGCCGGAAAACGGACAGCAGAGCCGAUCGAACUAAUCGUUUACGUCAACGGCGGCUGGAGCCAGUGGAGCGCCUGGCUGGAGUGUCGUUGCCCCGGGAAGCCAGUGCAGGGGCGAAAGCGAACCAGAACGUGCAGCGAUCCGAUUCCACUGUAUGGUGGUGCUCCCUGCGAAGGGCCGAAUCAACAGAAGACGGCGGACUGUGUCACUUGCCCCGAGGAUACUCAAAUUAUCACACCCAACGGAUUCGAGGAUAACACCUUCGUUCGCCGCUGGUCGACGUGGUCUAUCUGGAGCGCCUGUUCCUCCAAAUGCAUUCAAAUUCGACGGCGCAUCUGUCGUACCCAGAACCUGGAUUUCUACGAUAAGGCACUAGUGAAGCAUCAUCAACAGUUGGCCGCCCUUAUGGAUGAUCAGGAUGAGCAUGGCAGUAGUGCCUUCGGUUGCCACGGCAAGGAUACGCAAACGAUCGUGUGCCGCGGCGGAGAGUGCAAAAUUGAUGAUACAGCUUCCGACUGGAUCUUCUAUCUAGGUCUAGGUUUCAUCGUAACGUUGUGCAUCACAUUUUUCGUGUUUCUGAUCCAAUUCAAGCGGCAUCGUCAGAAGCUGCCAUCGUACAGCAUCUCCCGGACUGCACCGGAUCAGCAUACCUACACGCACGAGUUCCAGAAAAAGCUCACCUACAACUCGACGAAUACACCGGAUAUUAACAUUCGCGUCAACAACUAUGAGUAUUCGAACGGGAGCACCAUGGAAGCGCCGAAAGUUCCCGGCCAAAAUGUACCGCUUCUGUUGUCGCGGUCGAUUUCCACGGAACAUCACUAUGACGAACCGCAGUUCACCUCCAGCUAUUCGACACCCAUCGACAACAAAAAUACCGAGAACACUAAUCACUAUCACCAGCAGCAGCAGCAACAGCAACAGAAGCAGCAUCUGCAAAAGCACUAUCAUUUGUAUCACCAGCAUCACCCACCCACGCCUCCGCACACCAUCCUGAAAGGACAACUGCAGGCGCUCUUGCCAUUGCAGCAGCCACCACAGCAACAACAACAACAACAACAGCCACAACAGCAACAGCAACCACAGUCACUGUCGGGUCAGCCCGCGCAAAAGGGCGGACAAUACAUGAGCAGCGAAUCGUUGGCGACCACCAGCAACACCAACACAUCCAACUCCACAUACGCCGUAGCCACGACAGAGUCCCUCGAAACGUCCAGCUCGAACGAAGCGAUGCACAAGUCGAGCAGCAUGCGUCAGGUUGUCACAUCGGACGGAGGUUGGCUCGAGCUGGAGCACCUGCAGACGUCCCUUUCGAUUCCGGAGGGUGCCCUUCCAGAGACGCUAAAAAUUAACGUUUUCCUAGCCGUCAUGUACGACUCCAAGGACACAAUUCUAGUCGAGAAUCAAAUCACCCACAUCAGCCCGACGAUUGUUUGCGGACCUGCGAAAAGCAACUUCGCUAAACCGCUAAUCCUCAAAGUACCGCACUGCGCAGAGGACAUAAGCAAUUGGAAGAUCUCACUGUUCUACAAGGAAGAAGUAACCAACUGCUGGAAGAAGAUAGCCUCCUCCGAAAACGACGUCCCCAGUCCGCAGGCAUACAUUCAGUUGGAUCUAAAGAACGCAUACAUUAUGACGAGAAAACUAGGCAAGUACAUCCUAGGAGGGGAAAAUCUUUCCCCGGAAGUGACGGUUAUGAAACGACUGAAAAUCUACAUGUUCGGACCCAGCCGUAAACCGGAGACAGAUUUCAACAUUCGUGUGUACAUCCUGGAGGACUAUCCCAGCGCGUUGGAACAUUGUUCCAUAGUCGAGAAUCGUAUGGGUUACUUCAUGAUCGGUCAGAGUUCUCCGUUUCACUUCGAGAACAACAAGCAGAACAUGAUCCUGCGCAUUAACUGCUCCGGUGGGUGGGUUUCGAAAGCCGAUACGGCCGUUCAGAAGAUACCGUUCAAUCAUGUCUGGAAGAAUAUGUCAAUUUUACACUGCGAGUUCUUGCUGCAAAAGUUGGUCAACGAGUUGCCCUGUCUGCGGGUGGAGCUGUCCGCCGAGCAGGAAAACGGGACGAAGGUUCUCAUUACGUCGGUGGCCUUUUCGUGAUAGUACAUCCAGCGAGCGCUAGAGAAACUGAUGACGAUUUAGCGAACGAUCGAGCAAAAUGCGUAUUCGUAAUAGUAGCCAUUAUCGGUAUAGUGAUAUUAAAACCAAGUAAGAGUAAAAAAUAAACAGUUAGCUGUAUGUAUAGGAUUAUGCGGUACGAGUAUUUAUUGUCGCAUUUAGGGCAGACUUAUAUGGGCUCUGCGUGAAAUCGAAAAUUAAGAACAAAAUUGUUGGUAGACGGUUGUAAUAAUUUGUUAAAAUAGAAAUCUUACCCUCUGCGAUGAUAUUUUGUAGUGAACAAAGUCAAAAGUUGAUGAUAAUAGGAAGUGAGAAAAAACACACAUGAAAAAAAAACGUUCCACAGCAUUGCAUUGAAAAAUAUGUAGAUUGAAAUCGUAGCUAUUUCCUAAGACUGAUUGUGAGUAACAAUAAAUAAAGCGAUUGAAAGCAGUAGUGAUGAGGCGAU